UCAAUCUUAGCGGUCACUAGUGCUCCUUGGAUCAAGUCGUGGUCGCGUCGCUAUUUUGUUUUGUUUUUAUUGUUCGUUCGACAAUGAAACUGUGGAUCCUUGUGCUGUUGGUGGGCCUAAGUGCCCAGGCUUUCGCGGGCUUCCUAGGUGGUGGCGGUGGAGGAUGGCACGGUGGCGGUGGUGGAAGAUCCAGUGGAUGGUCUAGCGGUGGAGGCUGGUCUGGUGGUGGCGGAGGCGGUUGGCCUAAAUCCAGUGGUGGAGGUUGGUCCGGAGGCGGUGGCGGCGGUUGGCCAAAAUCCAGCGGUGGUGGCUGGUCUGGAGGUGGUGGUGGCUGGUCUAGUGGAGGCGGAGGAGGAGGCUGGUUCAGCGGUGGUGGCAGUGCCACCAAAAUUAUAAAGGUUAUCUCCUUAGGGGGUGGUGGUGGUGGCUGGCCUUCAAGCGGCGGCGGUGGUGGCGGCUGGAAAUCCGGCGGCGGUGGUGGCUGGUCCUCUGGAGGUGGUGGUGGUGGCUGGAAAUCUAGUGGAGGUAGUGGCUGGUCUUCGGGCGGCGGUGGAGGGGGCUGGAAACCCAGUGGUGGUGGUGGCGGUUGGAAAUCUAGCGGUGGCUGGCCAUCUGGCGGUGGUGGAGGUUGGUCUUCCGGUGGUGGUUCUGGCUGGAAAUGGUAAAAGCUGACUCCUUCAAUCUGUAUCAUCGAUUUUAUUCCACCAGCAAUGUGUGAUUCAAAAGUUUUGCAACAGUGAUAUCUACUUAGGGCUAAGGCCAAUUUGUUUUUCUUGUAAUUUGCUUAAAACGUGACCUGAACAUUUCUAUAGCACAUAAGUACCAAAAAUGUAGAAUCCAAAUCCAUAUGUCUGUGUAUAUAAAUAAAGAUAGUGCUAAUAAUUUGUUUGUUACAAAACUAA